CACAAGUUGCACCGACGAUGGAGGUUAUAUUUAUGCUGUUUAACUCUCUAGAAUAUAUUAAAAAACAGACAUGUAGAGUUUGUAAUUAAUGGGCAACCCUUGGCGUCGGUUAAGGCUUAACGUUCAGCGAACUUUUAUCAGAUAGUUAUUGCUAGCUUGAGUAAGCUAACGAGCAUGCAUGUUAACGUUACCUGCGUAGCUUCAAGCGAAAGUGCCCUGUAGAUAUAUUUAACGUAACAACGUUAUAUCGCCGAUAUUUGCUUUUGUAUAUGGGUUUUCAAAACAGUCGGCGAACCUGGCGUUAGCUUUGCAAUGUGAUAAACAGCUAACCUAGCUAGCAAAUGCUAAAGCGUCAUGAAUUCUGUAACGUUUCACUUGUGGAAAAAAGCGUUGUUAUGGCGUACACUUUAAGCUCAGACUGUCCACAAGUGAACUUAGCUAUCCAAGUGGUAUGAGGAGAGUUUAUUUUAUCUUUUAAUUACCUUUAAUUGUUGACGUCUAGCCAAACAGGUAAAAAAAAGUGAUAGCUUUUAUCAUACCAGAUUCUCUAAAACAGUUGUUCACCUUGGUGAGUUGUCUUGCCUCAAGCAGGGCCGCAGGAGGAGGGAGACAGUGUGAAAACUAAGCCUGUCUCUUGUAGCACUGUGGGAGGACAUGGGACAGCUUUUAAACGCACAUCUAAGAAUCUCACUGCCGAAGACGAAGACGAGUCCUCAGCUGAGCCACCAGCACCUCGCAAAGUCUCCAAAAUAGGCCUCAACAUCAGCAGUAAGGUGGCCAUUAAGUCGAACCCCAUAUCCAUCAAAUUGGGAGCAGCAAAACCCAAAGAGCCUGCGCCAACACUUCCUCCAAAGCGGCAGGGGCUGGCAGCUGUUUUUGAUGAUGAUGAUAGUGAACCUGAGGAGAUGCCACCAGAAGCAAAGAUGAGGAUGAAGAACAUUGGCAGGGAGACGCCUACAUCUGCAGGACCUAAUUCCUUCAACAAGGGGAAGCAGGGCUUCUCUGAUCAUCAAAAACUUUGGGAGAGGAAGCUGAAGUCCCAAACAGAUGACGAGUAAAUGACUUACAUAGGUUUUUGUCACUAAUUGAUCAUUUUGUACAUGCUAACCAUGUUAGAUGUCUGUAAAGGCUGUAAUGUUUCCUUCCUGUAGCCUUUCUGUAACCUUUUACAACGUAUCACCUUUGUGGAAAGUCAAUGAAGAGUUUUUCUGCCUACAGUGGUUGUGACUGAACUUGUUUACGUUUCUAACAGCUGGUGGUUGAUCUUAACCAAGAGGAGUGAAUGUCAGUCCCAUCUGUUUGGGAGGCAUGGAUUGGUGAUAGAUAAGUGACAAAAUAGUAAUAUAAUUGUAUGUUACAUCUGCUACGGCUGCUUUCUGCGAGCUAAUUAGGAGAAGUUCUCAUUUUACAUCCCUUGCGCAGUUUUUUUUAUUUCAUUUUUUUGAACAGCCUUUUUCCUAACUGACACCUUAAAUGUAGGUCCUUAGCAAGUCUGUUGUUUGUCUGUUUGUGUAUAAAUGUAAAUAGAGUGUGGAGUUUUUUUUAUCUUUUAAAUCCACAUAUUGACGUGUGAGUUUGAGUGUUAUGGAAACAUGAACGUCUUGCAGAGCAAAUUAGGUUACUUGUACAUUGUGCAUUUUGUUUGUGUUGGUUUCUCAGAGUCAUUGUGAAUCCCUUUGUUUUCACCAUCUGUGCCACCUCAGAAACAAUCUGCUCUUUGAUUUUAAAUUCUUAGUUAGAUUAGUCAAAGCGUAACACCAGUAGUUAUGGGUUUGAAACACUAUUGACUUCCUCACUAAAUUCCCAGUCUUGCCGUAGGUAUGGUAUUGUUCUUUUUUGAUCUCAUCAGUCAUUGUCUCUUUAGUUGUUAACUCUGUUUAAAUUGGAAUCAUCUAGCAAAGACAUACUGGUAUCUUUCGGGUAACUAUUGUAAAUAUCCACUUUGAUCGAAAUACAUGUUUGCUACAAGCUCUUUUUAAGGUUGCUUUGGUAUCAGAAAUAUAGAUUUUGUCUUUAAUUUGGUCUCAAAAGCUUUCCUCAUUCACUUCUCCUGCGCCGGAAACACUUUUAGAAAUUCUACUUAACCAAAAUCUAGAAUUUGAAUCCCUGUGAGCCACCUACUUUUUGUGCAGACAUCCCCAAAUAAAUUCUAUCAAUAUUAACUGGCACAACCUGUCUAAGUCAAAGUUCUGUUUCAAAUUCUGUCUAAUAGUUUGUAAAUCUCAAAUGUUUGUUGAAGACUUGUCAGCUGUAACCGAAUGCAUGAUGAACCACUGAUGGGCAGCCAUAUAAAGACUAAUGAAUUGUUUA